CCUGCGCAUCCGAGGAGGGAUAUUUUUGUUGAUAUGUCUGCAGGGUUUUAAUGAUUAUUUCUGCGGGUUUUCGUGUUCCAGUGAGCGUGACCCCCCGCGACCAGGCUUGAUGGAGAACCCGAGAGACCUGGUGGAGCGUCCGUCCAGGAAGCGGAGCGACUCCUUCGGGAUGCUGGACAGUCUGGAGGAGGACCGCAGCAGCUGCAGCUCCGAGUCCAGCGAGGGGAGUGGAGCGUCCAGCCCAGAGGACAGUGAAGAUGAAGACUAUGGAGGAGGAGGAGGAGGAGGAGGAGGAGGAGGAGGAGGAGUAACUCACCUCACCCCCUCCUCCUCCUCCUCGUCUUUGACGCUCAUUAAAACCAAUGGACAGGUGUACACGUACCCCGACGGAAAGGCCGGCAUGGCAACCUGUGAGAUGUGUGGUAUGGUGGGGGUCAGAGAUGCUUUCUACAGUAAAACCAAACGCUUCUGCAGCGUCUCCUGUUCCAGAAGUUUCUCCUCCAACUCCAAGAAGGCCAGCAUCCUCGCCAGACUGCAGGGGAAGCCUCCCACCAAGAAGGCCAAAGUUCUGCAGAAACAGCCUCUGAUGAGUAAACUUGCUGUGUUCGCUCAGCAUCAAGCCAACCAGCAGGGCGGAGUCAAGAAGAGCCUCGCUCUGGAUGGGUUUGACUGGGGUCGUUACCUUAAAGACGGAGAUGUGCCGGGCGCUCCAGUCAGCUGUUUCAAACACGUUCCUAUGGGGUUGUCGUGGGGCGACGUCAGGGAAGGCCUGCGGGUUGAAGUGCCAAACACUGACAGUAGUCUGCCGAUGAAAGUUUACUGGAUCGCUGGAAUCAUCAAACUGGCUGGUUUUAAGGCCCUGAUGAGGUAUGAGGGUUUUGACAGUGACUCCAGCAGAGACUUCUGGUUGAACCUGUGUGUGCCUGACAUCCACCCUGUGGGCUGGUGUGCGGCGGGUGGGAAACCUCUGGUCCCCCCUCAGACCAUCCUGCACAGGUUCACAAACUGGAAAACGUUUCUGAUCAAAAGACUGACGGGAUCCAAAACGCUGCCACAAGACUUCUCCUCCAAGGUGCAGGACAGCAUGCAUGUCCCCUUUAAGAAGCAGAUGAGGGUGGAGGUUGUGGAUAAAACUCAUCUGUGUCGGACACGGGUUGCACUGGUGGAACAGGUGAUUGGCGGUCGUCUCCGUCUGGUGUACGAGGAGUGUGACGAUGGAACGGACGACUUCUGGUGUCACAUGUACAGUCCUCUGAUCCACAGCAUCGGCUGGUCGCGCUCCAUUGGACACCGCUUCAAACGAUCCGACGUUUCUAAAAAGCUUGGUGUUCAGACUGACGCUCCUGAACAGCUGUUUGCAAAGGUGAAGGAGGUGGAUCAGAGUGGGUCCUGGUUUGAAGACGGGAUGAAGCUGGAGGCCAUCGACCCUCUGAACCUGUCUGCUAUCUGUGUGGCCACAGUGAGGAAGGUUCUGGCAGACGGGUAUCUGAUGAUUGGGAUUGAUGGUUCAGAGGCAGCUGAUGGCUCAGACUGGUUCUGUUAUCACUCCACCUCACCCUCCAUCUUCCCUGCUGGUUUCUGUGAGAUCAACAGUAUCGAGCUGACGCCUCCCAGAGGUUACAGCACUCUUCCCUUUAGAUGGUUCGAGUGUCUGAAGGAGACUCAGUCUGUGGCCGCUCCUGUCUCCCUCUUCAACAAGGAAGUUCCUAACCAUGGUUUCCGUCCCGGGAUGAAGCUGGAGGCCGUCGACCUCAUGGAGCCCAGGUUGGUCUGUGUUGCGACGGUGACCCGCAUCGUCCACCGGCUGCUGCGGAUACACUUUGACGGCUGGGAGGACGAGUAUGAUCAGUGGGUGGACUGUGAGUCACCUGACCUGUACCCGGUGGGAUGGUGUCAGCUGACCGGGUACCAGCUGCAGCCACCUGCCGUCAACGCAGGCUCCAGAGAUCUUCAAUCAGCUUCCAAACGGAAGAAAUCCCAGCAAUACAAAGGACAGAAGAAAAAGAGGAAGUUGCCCAUCACGAAGCGACCUGUCAGCCUCUCGGGCGCAGUUGUAACCGGCGUCCCUAGAAGCCUAUCGGGAGACGAGAACGAGACUCCACCUAAUUACCCAUCACCCCCAACUCCUGCCUCAGCAGCCCAGCCUCCCUCUGUGGACCCCGAGAGCAGCCCCAACACUGAGGGGGGGUCAGGUGUGCAGGUUAAGGAGGAGAACAUGGAGGGUUCUGACUUUUCUUCAGAGAGGACUGAAAAAGAAACCAACAGAUCAUCUGGAGAAGUAUUUAACAGCCAGGACCAGUAGGCCUCAUCCUUCCCUCUCUCUUUCUCUCUCUCUAUCUGUCCUUCUGUAUGUAGAGUCAGGAGAUUCAGUCCUCAUUUACUGCAAUUAAAACUGAUUUAGUUUUGGACACACUUCUCUUCUGCAGUGACAGAGGAUACAAGAUGCGCAGUGCAUUAUUUAAAAAAAUACAUUUGGCCCUCGUCCAUUUCAAUUUUGAACGUCUUUCUCUUUGUCCCGGUCAGACCAAGUGGUAACAGAAUAAUCCAUUCAUAAUCCUUAAUGUAAAGGUUGGAGGCAUAGAGGUGUAAUAGCUAGCUAAGCGGCUGCUCACAUUUAGGGUGAUGGGAUCUUAUUUGGGGAGUUCUAGACAUAUUCAAGGCAUAUUAUAUAUAAACUGUCAGUCUUUUUGUAUGUAAAAAGACAAAAGAUUAAUUACUCCCCCUCCAGAAUCUUAUUAUCUGGUAUAAACCGACAUUUUCUGGACAUAGAGAAAUCUCUAGACAAUCAAAUUCACAAGUUAUGAGAAGAAAUGAGGAUUUAUUUACAGCCCUUGCUAGUUGCAGAUCUUUUACCAUCAAGUUAACAGGCUAGCUAGGUAGCUAACUGUCAUUUAGGAAUCUUGUUAUGCUGUGGAAGCAGGGCGUAAAAUUAACUUUUUACUUCAUCUGCCAUUGGCGAGUAACCUCCAAAAGUUUACCAGCAAAAAAUAUUUUUCACCAGCCAAAUAAUGGCAUAAUGCCGUUUUGACUUUUCAUGGUCCCUAAUACUUUCCAAUUUCAUGUUCGUUGUGCAAAGGCUGCAGGUCAUGGUGUGGCAUGUAGGGCCGUAAGUCAGUCAGGACCGAGGUUGGCCAGCCUCGUCAAUUUUCCAGUUUUCUUUGAAACGUCGUAUAGUGACAUUACUCCGUUUAGCUGUCUGUUCCUCUUCUUGGUCGUCUCCUGCCUCUUUGUUUAUCCUUUUUGUUUGUGGUGGCUUCACGCGGGGAACGUGUCACCACAUCUUCCUUGAAACACUCUUCCCGCCGUGCUUCUUCAAGCAAAGGGAAUGAAUAGAACUCCAGUAGCUGACGUCACACCGUUCCCAACGUACCAAAUCACAACACUAGUACAGCACGCCACGUGGGUCAAAAUAGCCUUAAAGUCGGCAGAAAUGAGUCAAAGUAUGAAAACAAAAUCUCACAUGCAAUACAACAUUUUCCAUAGGCCACUGGCGGGUGUGUGUUUUUGUUUAACAUGCCAAAAUAUUUUUUUUACCCGCCAUUGUCGCUUAGCGGGUGUUAAUUUCACGCCCUGUGUGGAAGUAUUUGAAAUCAGACACAAUUAUUGAAGACUUUUUAUUCAACUCAGCAGAGUAAGCUAUUCAUUGACUUUUAUUCAAUAAAAAGCCACAGUAGCACAUCAAGCAAGCAGGGAUCAGGUGUCUGUUAGCAGCUGGCUAUCUCCACUGCCUAAGAAUUAUUAUAUAAGUUAAAAGUUGUCAAAUUAUUGAUAAUUUCCACCAGAAUUUUCAUUGUUCAUUGAUAGAUAGCUUACUUUGUACCAGAAGUUAACCACCACAGCAAACCAAGCCAGCAUGCUAUGUACUGCCAGUAAGGAAGCUAGUUAGCUAGCUCAGCUACUAACAGGGCGAUAAUUGUUGUAGCAGCAUGAAAAACUUCCCCUUGUUUAACGCACCUUUAUUCAGAAUGUAACAUUGUUAUUACUAAUAUAGAAGGCAGCUUUAUUGGACAGAUUACCAGUAAAAAGUGUUAAUAUGUUAAUGCUUUAUAAUAGUUAUUUAUAAGGGAAUCCCUGCAAUUAGAUUCAAAAUUGAUUCAUAUUAAGCCAAAAAUGUAGCCUUGGUCUGACCGUGUUUUAUUCAAAGUCUUUUAAUCAUCUCUUCAUUUUCCUUCCUGGUAAAGACAAACUGUUCACACAUUUUAUAGAAAAGAAGGGGAAAAGGCCAAAGUGCUGCUUAAAGUAUCACAAAAAAACAACUCUUGCACUCUUCUGACUGAGGGACAACCGCAAAGAGAACCGAUCAAAACAAUCUAACAAUAAAGAGGAGGAAAAAGAGGACAGGUACGUAUUGGACAUUUGCGUUACCCAUCUUCAGUUCCUACAACAGAAAAAAAAAACACAAUAAGGAAACUUUUAUAUGUUUUUACAAUGCCAAGAUCUUCGUCAAUGUGUGUUAAGUUGGUGUGUUCAAGGGUCAAAACUCUUGACGUAAUAUUGUUGAUACUGGAUGCUGUGUAAUGUCAUGUUGAGAUUAGCAGUCAUUUAAAAAAAUGUGUGUGUGUGUGUGUGUGUGUGUGUGAGAGAGAGAGACGUGGUUAGGAUUCUGAAGAGUUUUCCGGAUGCUAGGAAACAAGAAACCAGCGAACAGGA